UAUCACACUAUCACAGGCAGACAGUCUGGUCGGCAACGAAGCUUCACUGAUUUAUAUCAUUUUUAGUGUGUGUGCGCGUGUCGGGCACUGUGACUAUACAUACAUAAUAUAUAUAUAUAUAUAAAUAUACGUAUGUAUUUGUUUUCUCAUAUAUAUAACCAAACUUCUCUUUUCACACAUUGAACCUACUCUUCUUCACACACCCGUUUCUUCACCAGAAAGAUUCUCCAGGCUUUUGAUUUUAAUUUUCAGGGAAUUUCAAUAUCCUUCAGUCCUGGUAGAAUUCUGCUGUCCUUUUUCUGAAUAGACGGUCGUUUAGAUUCCCUGAAAAUGCUUUUGUUUGUUUAGACUAGAAGACCCUGUAUGUGUCGAAGCUUUCUGGGUAGUCUUGUUAUUCAGUAUUCGAUUUUCUAAGUUUAAAGUGUCGAGGCUUUUUGUAUUUGCCUGAAGAUGAUCAGAGUAAUGGAUUCUGGAAGAGAACCAAUGAGGAUGGGUUUUGAAAAGUGCUUGGAUCCUCAGUUAUGGCACGCCUGUGCUGGUCCUCUGGUUCAAAUGCCUCCCAUUAACUCUAAGGUCCUUUACUUUCCUCAAGGCCACGCUGAACAUGCCCAAGGAAAUGUAGAUUUUGGGAAUUCUAGAAUCCCUUCACACAUUCUUUGUAAGGUAUCUGCCAUAAAAUUCAUGGCAGAUCCUGAAACGGAUGAGGUUUAUGCAAAAAUGGGGUUGACUCCUUUGAGGGAUAACAGUGAUUUUGAUGUUGAUGAUGAAGGGUAUCUGGGAAACAAUGGAAUUGAGAAUCCUGAGAAACCCAAAUCUUUUGCCAAGACUUUAACACAAUCUGAUGCUAACAAUGGGGGUGGUUUCUCUGUCCCUCGUUACUGUGCUGAGACUAUCUUUCCACCUUUGGAUCUUUCAGCUGUGCCUCCUGUUCAGAACAUUCUGGCUAAGGAUGUUCAUGGCGAGACUUGGAAGUUUAGACAUAUCUAUAGAGGUACCCCUCGGCGGCACCUUUUGACAACUGGUUGGAGUAAUUUUGUGAACCAGAAGAAGCUUGUUGCUGGUGAUUCGAUUGUGUUCUUGAGGGCUGAUAAUGGGGAUCUCUGUGUUGGAAUAAGGAGGGCUAAGAAGGGGAUUGGUUGUGGACAUGAAUACCCUUCUGUUUGGAAUCCUUUAGUCGGAAAUUAUGGUUCUCAAUAUGAGAAUAGAGUGAUGGGAAAAAGUGGUAUCAGGGAUUCGAGGGGAAAAGUGAAAGCUGAAUCUGUUGUUGAAGCUGCAACUCUUGCAGCCAGGGGACAGCCAUUUGAAGUAGUAUACUAUCCGCGGGCAAGCACCCCGGAGUUUUGUGUUAGAGCCCCGGCUGUAAGGGCUGCAAUGCAAAUCAGGUGGUGCUCAGGGAUGCGGUUCAAGAUGCCUUUUGAGACUGAGGAUUCUUCUCGAAUUAGCUGGUUCAUGGGUACUAUUUCUGCUGCUCAGAUUGACAAUCCAAUCCAUUGGCCUGAUUCUCCGUGGCGUCUUUUACAGGUGACAUGGGAUGAACCAGAUUUACUCCAGAAUGUGAAAUGUGUUAAUCCGUGGUUGGUCGAACUGGUCUCAAGCAUUCCCGCCAUGCAUCCAUUCUCACCACCAAGAAAGAAGUUGCGGCUUCCACAGAACCCAGAUUUUGCUCUUGUUAGCCAUCCUAUGCCAUUACUCCCCACCAACUUCCUCAACUCCAACACCCCUUUUCAUUGUAUUCAAGGCGAUUUUCCUGCAGGCAUACAGGGAGCCAGGCAUGCUCAAUUUGGGCCAUAUCCAGUGGAACUCCACCGAAAUGAACUGCAGCAGGGAAUGCAUCCACUUGGUCUUCGGCAGUUGGAUAUCGCUGAUCCUCUUCGAAAUCCUGGUGGUGAUUUCAUGAAAAGCACUGAGAACAGUGGGAAUAUUUCUUGCUGGCUGAAAAUGGGGCAUCCCAAUCAAAGCUUGAAGGCAAAUGAGGAAAUGAAGACACCUCACUUAUUAUUGUUUGGACAGGUUAUACUGACUGAAGAGCAGCUCUCCAAGAGUUCCUCUGGUGAAAACAGUUCAUCUGAGGGGAAUUUAGAGAAGACAACAAAUCAUUCUGAUAAUGGUUCUGGUUCAACAGUGAACUCAUCUGAUGGAAGGUCACCCUGGUACAAGGAUCAUCACGAUCAGAGAAGUGAGCUUCAUGGUUUGGAGACUGGCCACUGCAAGGUGUUCAUUGAAUCAGAUGACGUGGGAAGGACCCUUGAUCUUUCUCUUCUUGGUUCAUAUCAAGAAUUGUACAGAAAGCUGGGUGACAUGUUUGGUUUAGAAGAAGGUUCAGGGAUUUUUAAAAAUCUUCUAUAUCUGGACGCAGCAGGUUCUGUUAAACAAACCGGAGAGGAACCCUUCAGUGAGUUUUUGAAGUCAGUAAGAAGGCUAACCAUCCACACGGAUCCCAGGCAGUGAAACUUUAGGAACAUAUGAGAAACUCUCCUUUGAAUUGUACAGCUGAAAUGACUAAGUUUUUAUUUCAUGUUUUCCCCCCAACAAUUUGUGGGAUAAGAUCGACUUGUUUUAUUUUGGAUGAUGAUUUAACUUUCCAGGAAAACAGAGUUCAUGUUUUUUCUUUAAACAACUUCCUGCCUCUAAUGUUGUGUUAUGUAAAUAUUUUUAUGUUUUCUGUCAACACAAAAAGAACCAACUAGCCUUUUUGCCUA